CCUAUGUGCAUACGUUGACUUUAACAUCUAUGCGAAUACAAUUAUUGAUGAAAAUACGACAUAACAAUAAGAGAUCUAUGUGAUAUCUAAAUAAAAAUUUUGAAAUCGCCCAAACGUAACUACAAUUACUAAUUUACGAUCUAUGUUUGUGACCUCGCAUAGUUUUCAUAAUCUUGUUUAGGUCCCAAACGCGAAGUCUAAUUAUAUUAUAUAAAAAUAGAUAUUAAAUAAAUUUUCACACGAAGUCACUAUAAAGUUGCAGAGAGGUCACGAUUGAGAUCUAAAUAUUGUCCUUAUCAAAGAUGACCGACGACACGUGUAAGUAUGACUGACGCCAGACUUCCGUGACUUUUUACUGUAUUCGCUUUAUAACGCGUCUUAAACAAGUACUCUUUCAACCAUCACUUUUUCUCGGCGCACUUAUGAGUAAUCAUCUUUUUUGAAAAUUAUGGAGAGCUCAAAUUUUAAACAGUGGGUUAUUGUAUUUUUUGCGCCGGAAAAUAAAUAUUCCAUUGUACCAGUUAAAUGGAUUAUUUACUGUGGAAAAAUAUGUUUUUGUAAGUGGCCAAAAAAAGGAAAUAUCAAUAACAUGAUAAAAGAUUUUAUUGAGCCAGAGAAUGAUUGGCCCACAUACCCCAUCACGGUAGUAUCUCAGUAUUUCGAUGAUUAUUCUGAAGCUUCUAUGAAAGAAAAAGAAAUAUUUACAUCUUCAGACACUACACCAACCAAGAAAAAAAGGACCAAACAAAGUGUAGCAAUUAGUGAUUGCCCUAAUGAUCCUGAAAGUGUUCCAUUCAAAAUCUGUAAACCAUCAAUUACCAAUAUAAUAUCAAAUGCUAUAGAUACAUCAAUAAGAUGUGAUGAGGUAGAUAAUGCACUACAAGAACUUAAUACAGAGAAUGUAAGCACCUAUCAAAAUGUAACUGAAAACUUCUAUAAUGUAGACCAAUAUUCACCAUGUGCUCCAGUCAUUUCAAACAAUUUAUCUCAAAAAACUUAUGAAAUGAUAAAAAAAAAUUUUGAAAUGCAUAUAACAACACUAGAAUAUAUUAAAAGAAUGGAUGCUAAAUUAGAACUUCUUGAAAAAAAAAUCAUUGGUAGUCCUGUUCACAACGCAUACGACUCAAAUUUAUUAUCAUUACUUCCAUUCAAAAAUAAGGAAAGUGUGGAUGCUGCUGACGAAAAACUUAAAACAGAUUCUAACUUUGAACGUCAAAUGAGCAACUAUGUGUAUCGAGUUGGGGGAACCAGUAUUAAAAACUAUGUCCAAAGAGUGUUUGCCAAAAUUUUUUCUUUAGACAUCGCAAGGAAAUAUUCAAUGAAAGGUUGCCGGGGUAAUCACAGACUGGAUAGC